CUGGAUUUCAAUUCAUGAUCGAUAGCAUUGCUGGCGUCUACGAUGCACGCCUCAGUUAAACGAGUGCAUGCAAGCUGAGUGACACCCCUAGGUGGCUAUAGCGUUCGUUACAAGCCGCUGGCACUUUGAUUUUUCUGCUCCAACAGUGGGCUAUCACGAACUUGCUUCAACAUUUAAUUUCGUAUCUAACUCAUGAUAUAUGCGUGUAUUUGCAUGGUGGCUCAUUUGUUUAUUUUUCGUCUCGAUUUUAGAUACCACCUGCAUUUGUGGUUUGUGUCUGUGGUCUUAUCCCGUGCAUGUGGAGAGGAAGGGUGGCUAUCUGACGGUUUUCUCUGUUGAUUUUGAUUUUGUUCUUUUGUGGUAUUCUAAAGGUCUUGGUCGGCGUCGACUGCACCUGCUAACCGAAGCAGGAAAUGGGUACGGGAGGGAUCUUUCAUUGCAUUUCUAGCGGUUCAUGGAGGAUUGCCUCCGCAUACAAUACAUUCUGAAACUUC